AGAUAGUUUGUUUUCUAUUUCUGAACGGAAAUAAAAGUGAUAUUAGUCGAGAAUAAAGUCAGAUACCAUUUAUACUAGAGUUCAGAUUAUACCCCCCGCCAUAAAGACAAGUAGCAGAGUCCAUUUGGCAUUCUUUCAUCUUUCAUCCCAAUCUUGCUCUGUCUCAUGCUCGAGGCUUCAUAUACCUUUUUCGCCAUGGUCAAACUUUCUGUCGCGCAUUUAGCCUUUGCUACAUUAGCUGGCGCCUCGACAGUGUCGGUGCCAUCACCAAGGGACUUGUUCGACGACUCUUGUGCUCCCUUCCGUUUACCACCACGAUCCGUAAAUAGGACAUAUCUGGAUCAAACCACCGUUGGGCAGGCGUGGAUUGAACCACCAUUUGGGUUUGGCUAUGGCAAAUGGGCGCUGGCAUGGACCAGUAUAGAAGAGUACUGGGGUUGGUCGAACAUGCAGAAUGAGUGGUAUCCCCUGAGCAGUACAGUGGACGGAGGGCAUGUAUCGGAUCUGCACGCGACGGUCAUCGCCGACGUGAAUUCAUUCCAACUUGGCGACAAUGACACGGUCAUCACCACACCAGGAACCGACACGCCGCUGCCAGGGCAAAAGCACGCCUGGAACUACACCGUCCCAGCCGAGAUCAUGGCUGAGACGGAUAACACGGCGUGGGUUGGGUGGGGAUUCGACUUCUAUGAGCAGGGCGCUCCUUACUUUGUGAGCUACGACGCCUCGACAGUCGGCGUGAAGAACGUCUCGCAUGGAGUGUUAAUCUACAGCGCGCGCGAGCGAGGGCCCUCAGACAGAACGGUGGGGGAGAUUGCGGAUUGCUACGACAAAUUGGGCAGCAUAGUCUUUGCCGCUCUGUUUAGGUCGAUGCAGAGGACACCGACAGAUGGCCGCCGCAGCAACAACUUAUCGUGGCGUGGACCAUCGGCGCAUGUAGAGAACCAAUGGAGAGGAACAGCGCCGUUCCAGCAGCGUCCAUUGCAGUAGCAAGUUUCAAUCUGGAAAAGCAUGUUCAAGUUCCAGACCGGGACAUUGAUAAUCUAAUGUGUUAUUGUAAACUACGUUCAGGUGCGCUGACUCUUUGAGUUUAGCGCACCCGCUUCGAGUAUCGCUUCUCGCUUACCGAGCCGCUGCUUUUAACGACGUUUAUAAGAACCCUCUUUCUUCCCUCAUCAAAUUCUUGACCGAUUUC